ACCAGGUCUUCAAGUUAAACCUUCUCCUAGCUGACUCUCUUUGGGUCUCUCUUGUUUUUGGGGUGGCCCAUUGUCUCUGAGAAGGAAGAAAGGGGAGCCCAUUCUCCAAAGCUCCUGAAGGCAGGAGAAGAAGCAACAACAGAUGGACGCUCAUCAAGGAGAGAAGCAACUUAGAAGCCUCGCCUGGAACUGCUGCUUUCCUCCAGGGUGGUACAACCUGAAGAGUCAUUCCUGAGAACUUUGCACUUCCAAACUUUUCAAUGAUGCCUUUUCCCCUGGACGGCCAUCUUCUGUAGAACAAUGAAAGCCUCAUGGGUCAAGAUUGCCCUUACUCUGGGGAUUCUCCUGGACGAGGCCUUCAAGUUGGCUGCCCCAGAGGUUGGACCACGCAGGAACCUCUCCAGCGCACUUUCGACGGGAGCAUCUGGAACAUCGCUUCUGACAAAUCUCCCACUUACGAAUACAAACCAAUUCACGUUUCCAACAGUUGCCUCUUUCGAGACGAGCUUCAACGUUGCCGCCACAGCCCAAAGUCGGAAGAUCCUGGAUCCCUCGGUUCCCACCCCUUCAAUCCCCUCGGAUGGUUCACCCUGUAGCAAAUUCAAAGCGGAUAUCGCUUUUCUAGUGGACGAAUCCUCGAGCAUCGGUCCAGACAACUUUAUCAAAGUGAAGGAUUUCCUCUUCCACCUGGUUUCAAAUUUCCCUCAAAUUGGGCCUGAAGGUACCCAGAUUUCUGUAGUUCAAUACAGUGAAAAGCCGAGGACCGAAUUCCACUUGAACACUUUUCCGGACCGGAUCCGAGUUCAAAACGCUCUCAAGAGGCUCGUCUAUAACGGUGGGAACACGAAGACUGGCAGAGGGAUCGCUUACGUGCUGAAAGAAAUAUUUCAAGUCUCCAAGGGAAUGAGGCCUGCCGUCCCACACAUCCUGAUCUUGCUGACCGAUGGCCCCUCCCUGGAUGAAGUGCUGCCCCCAGCUACACUGGCUCACAUUCUAGGAAUCCAAAUAAUUCCUGUAGGGAUUUCAGGCGCUCACGUGGAGGAAUUGAAGCAGAUCCUCCUACAUCGGAAUUUAGAACGUCUCUUUCACGUUGACACUUUUGACGAUUUGACCCAAAUCAUCAAAGAACUGGUGGAAAUCAUUUGUUUGGGAUCCUGGCAAGGGAACAGAGAUAUGCCGGAGCAUUUGAAGUUGGCCGGCAAAGCUAUGGGCCCCACAGAACAGCUGUUUGAUGAGCCAAGGAGGUCAACCGUCGCCAGUUCCCCUCCUACUCACCUGGCAGCGUUCGCCACGCAAGGACCUUGUGACCCACAAUGCUUGGAGAGCUUUGUGGGAGGAAGUUUACGCCGAGGAGGAGGCUACGACCCGUUUGCUUUCGCCACCAAGGGGGAAAAAGGAGAACGGGGAUUUCCGGGAAAAGAUGGGAUCCCGGGAUUACCUGGCAGACCUGGACGAGUGGGCCCACCAGGCUCCCCUGGAUUAAGAGGACUCCCGGGCAUACAAGGAGACCAAGGACUUCCUGGAUUCCCAGGCCCAUCUGGGUCUAAAGGAGACAGAGGAGAACCAGGAUACGUGCUUGGAAGCAUGGAGGUCAUCUCAGGAAAAAGCGGACAUCCAGGUCCUCCUGGCCAAAAAGGGCAGCCGGGGGUUCCCGGUGUAGCAGGCCCGCCAGGUUUGCCAGGCCUAUCUGGACCCCAGGGACCGCCUGGCUCGUCAGUGAAGGGUGAAGCUGGAGACCCAGGCCUCAGAGGUCCCCGAGGCAGAAGCGGGGUCAAAGGAGAGAAAGGAGGAAGAGGAGAAUUGGGGAAACCUGGCUUACCUGGUCCAAUCGGACUGGAUGGUCCACCUGGACUUCCGGGAGCCAAAGGUGAAAAGGGCGAGGUUGGAAUCGGACUGAUGGGGAUGCCAGGGUUAAAGGGAAACGAAGGAGAUAAGGGAAUUAUGGGGCAUCCAGGACUCCAGGGGCCAAAAGGGGAGCAAGGAUUUCCUGGGGAAGAAGGACCCCCUGGCUUAAGGGGAAAAAGGGGACAAGAUGGGAUCAAGGGAGAAAAGGGACUCUUAGGCCCUGAGGGACCAAAAGGAGACCAAGGCAUUCAAGGAUUUCCCGGUGCUCCAGCCAUGGGGGUGGUGGGACCUCCAGGGAAGAAAGGUGUACGAGGGGAAAUUGGGCCGGUGGGACUUCCAGGACCAAAAGGCCACCAGGGGGAAGAAGGAGAAAAAGGUGAAAAGGGAAGCCCCGGAUUUGGGAUUCCCGGUCAACUGGGAUUGAAAGGUGAACCGGGAGAAAGAGGGAAUGUUGGUUUAUCUGGCAAGCCAGGGCAAAAGGGAGAAGAAGGAAAGAAAGGGGAACCUGGAAUCCAGGGUGCCACUGGAGAGAAAGGCGAUAAGGGCGAAACUAGUCUUCCCGUGGAAAACACCAUCUUCAUCAAAGGCGAGAAGGGGGACCCUGGACCAGUUGGCAAAGGAAUGGAUAUCAAGGAUCUGGAACGACUUUUGGAAGCUUAUGGGAUCAAGGGUGAACCAGGUAUUGGUUUCCGUGGUCCGGUUGGCCAAGCUGGAGCUCCUGGACGUAAGGGUGAACCUGGGGUACCAGGGCCCGCCGGAGCACAAGGCAUACAAGGAAUUCGGAGUAAUCCUGGUAUCCCGGGGUCCCAGGGAGAAAGGGGCUCUCCAGGCCCACCUGGAGUUCCUGGGCAAAAGGGGGAACAAGGGAAAAGAGGCCGGACUGGAUCAAUGGGACCGAGAGGACCUACUGGAUCUCCCGGAACAGAGGGAAAGCCAGGGGCUCCAGGGAUGAAAGGCAACAAGGGGGAGAGUGGUCUUGGCAAACUGGGUCCCAGAGGUUACCAAGGUGUUCCUGGCCCACAGGGGGAAGAAGGAACCGUCGGUCUUCGGGGGCCUCUGGGGGUGACGGGAGAGAAAGGGCCUGCUGGUUUAAAAGGAGAGAAGGGUGACUUUGGUGUUCCUGGUCCCAAAGGAGAGAAAGGAGAUUCGAUCACAAUGUCUGGACCUCAAGGCUACAAAGGCAACAAAGGAGAUCCGGGCGAACGGGGUCUUCCUGGUUUUGAUGGAGACAAGGGCGAGAAAGGGGAAGACGGACCUUUCGGAGAAAAGGGGAUGAAGGGAGAUCCGGGGGCCAAAGGAGUCAUGGGUUUAUUUGGCAGGAGAGGACCGGUGGGGCAGAAGGGUGAAAUUGGAGAACCUGGUCUGAUUGGAUUUGCUGGAACUGCGGGUCUGAAUGGGAGGAAUGGAGCGAAAGGGGAAAAAGGAGAUCGAGGCAUGCAGGGGCAAAAAGGAGAGCCGGGUGAAAAAGGACUUCCUGGAUUGGCUGGAGACACUGGGCGGAAAGGUUCAAAGGGUUUACGUGGUUUGCAAGGAAAGACGGGAUUUCCCGGGUCAGACGGAGUGAAGGGGGAAGGUGGCAUCACUGGCAAACCAGGAAUCCCAGGUGCAGAAGGAAACCAGGGACCAAAGGGCGAACGCGGCUUGUCCGCACUGAUGGUCCCGAAGGAAUUUUUGGCCAGAAAGGAGAAAAGGGUGCUAAAGGUGUUCCGGGUUUGGCUGGUUUUAAAGGGCAAGGUGGCCUACCUGGCAAGGCGGGCGUUCCUGGGCCACCGGGGAAUCAAGGACCACCAGGUGAUCCAGGGUCGCAGGGCGAAAGAGAAGAAGAGGAAGGCCCUCGCUCUGCCUCCGGGGACCCCCGGGGACCCCCGGCAAGAAAGGAGGAACGGUGAGGAUUUGAUCGUCAGAGAGUAG